AUGAUAGAGGAAGCAAUACUAGAUGCAGACAAAAAGGGCAUAAAAGUGUUGAGCCUAGGCCUAAUGAAUCAAGGAGAGGAGCUUAACAUCUAUGGAGGGCUAUACGUUAGUAGGCAUCCUAAGCUAAAAGUUAAGGUUGUAGAUGGAAGCAGCCUUGUUGUUGCUAUUGUUCUUAACAACAUUCUUAAAGGAACAACUCAAGUAUUACUUAGGGGAAAACUCACUAAGGUUACUAAUGCUUUUGCCUACACAUUGUGUCAACAAGGCGUUAAGGUUUCAACAAUGCACAAGGAUGAUUACGAGAGACCUCAAAAUUCAUCCAUUAACUUUGAAACUAAUUUGAUCAUUGCAAAAAGCUACACCCAAAUGACAAUGUAUAGAGCCAACGAACAGAUAGCCCGUGCCAUGGAGAUGAUGGUCAUGGCUAUGCAGCAACAGAAUGCCUAUUUUGCUAGGGCAGAGGCGGAUAGAACUGCUGCUGGUGCAACAAGGCCCACUGGGUCACAGGAGAGUCAGGACCUAGCCGAGUUCCGGAAGUGCCAUCCUCCACAAUUCAAAGGGGAUGCAGAUCCAGAGGUGGCUGACCACUGGAUUUGUGAGCUUGAGAAGAUUUUUACUGUGUUGGGAUGUUCACAGGAGCGAAGAUUGGCAUAUGAUGUAUAUAUGCUGGUCGGGGAGGCAGAGCAUUGGUGGAGAAGUACCCAUCACAUGCUGACUGCCAGAGGGGCGGUUGUUGACUGGGAAUGCUUCAAGAGGGUGUUCCUGGAGAAGUAUUUCCCUGAGAGUGUGAGGCAUGCUAAGGAAGCUGAGUUCAUGCGGUUACACCAAGGAGGGAUGACUGUUUCCGAGUACGCAAUGAAAUUUGAGCACCUGGCUCAUUUUUAUUCGCAGGGUAUAGCCGAGGCCUGGAAAUGUCGAAAGUUUACUGAGGGUCUGAAAUAUGAUCUGAAGAGGGUGGUGGUGCCUAUGGCCAUCACGGAGUUUCCAGCCUUAGUGGAGAAGGCGAAGGUGGUUGAGCGGUUGGAAGGUGGUAACCGCGAGGUGAAGACUACUGAAGGGCCAUCUGGGUCCAAGAAAGGAGGGAACCAAAGGAAGCCGUAUGAUAGGCCCCAACCACAACAAGGGGGUCCUGUCAGCAGGCAAUCUUCUGGUGCUGCAGGUGGAGGGAGGCAGGGUGGAAGUGCCACUCUAAGAUGUUAUAGGUGUGCUGGGCCCCACAUGGUCAGGGAUUGCCUGCACACUGAGAGCCACUAUUUCAGAUGCCACCAGAUGGGCCACGAGUCGGCCAACUGUCCUACUAGAGGUAGACCGGAGGGAGGUGAUGCUCGGAGGGGUGGUGCCCAGAGGGAUCUUGUGAAGGGAAAGGGUAGAGCUGCUGGUAAGGAUGUGACGAUUCUUUUCGAUUCUGGUGCAUCUCAUUCUUUUAUAUCUUAUGCAUGUGCUGCUAUGCUGGGUGUGCCUGUGUGUGAUUUGGGGUCGAGACUGCUAGUGUUGACGCCCGCUUCUGCUUCGGUAGUUGCUUCUGAGUUGUGUGCUGGGAUGGAUUGA